CUGUUGUACACGGCUCCACAUAACAUCUUGUUUACUUGUGACUUCAGCUGACGUUACGAACGCUUUUUCUUUUUUUUAAAAAAGUAUCUUUUUAUGGUAUCAUCUGUCUAGAGCUUUUAAAAUGAUUCAACGUUAUGCAAUUUACCUUUUGGCAGGCUGUUUAUCAAUGUCAUUAACAUUAGGUUCUAAGAUGGUGUUCCAGGCAUCAACCUCAACCAUCACAACAGCCCUGACUCCGACUCUCCACAUCAAAUGUUCUCUGGAGUCCACAGAGGAAAUAGGCAUCCAGUUUAAAAAUAUUUUAUCAAUAACAAUUACCAGAGGAGAUAGUGAGGUAAUAGCCUCAGUCUCAGCUUGUAAUCCAGCCACAGCUUACAGCGACUUUCAAACACUUAGUGUUGCAGGGGACGUAACCUUCACUACUUCACCAGUCACAGGUUAUCUUUCCCUGAACUGGUCUAACCCAGAUCAGCAGCAAGCCGGAACUUACACCUGUAACAUUAACGGGUUGAAAGCUGACAACUACGGGGUCAUGCUAACUGGAAAUCUGACAGUUCAAACCCGACAACCGAUUGUAACUGAGUUGGUAGAUGUUAUUGUAAAGACUGAAAAGAGACUUUCGGCUAAUGAAGAAUUAGUUAAAGAACUGGCCAAGAAGACAAAAGAGCUGGAAAACAAAACAGCUGUGUUAGAGAACUGCUGCUAUAAUCAUAACAAACGGGUGGCAUCUCUGGAAACUGUGGUAGGAUAUCUGGAAGCAGAGAGCAGCCAAUUGAGGAACGAGCUUAAGCAAAAUGAAAGUGGUGAAUGGACACUGGCGUUUCGUGGCACAGCUUACAUUGGAAAAUCUGUUUACGCCGCCUAUAAGAACGGUACUGGGAUCCCUAGUGAGGUGGAACCCGGAUGUAAACAGGUUACCUCCCCCCUACCCUGCAGCAACCACUACAGGAACUCAGAAGUCUUCAACAACUGGGACAGAGUUAAGGAGGUAUCCUUCAUCGUGUACUCCAACUACAAGAGGGUCAAGGAGAUUUUGUUUGACGGCACUAGUACAACCUACAUGACCUGGUUCGACAAGUCCAAGGUCAAGUUCUCUACCUGGACUAAGAUCAAGACUGAUACCACUAACAUGUUCAGCAUUGCAGGCGACAUCCGACCAAUUAUAUCCAGGGUUUUCUUCAUCAACAACGUCUACGGUGGAUGUCCGGGAGACAAGGGCUGGUUCGUGGCUGUGGACAAGGCAGAGACCGGCGCAUGCGCGUGGGAGAAAGCCGACAAGCUACCGGUCUUCAAGUACUCACGGCAGAGUAGCCCUGAGAACUGGAACACUGGUGACGUGGCCAUUGCCGACAUGUUCGCCAUCUUUGUUAAAUUUUACGACACACCUUGAAGUGGUUGAUUUAACGAUCCAGAUGUGGUCAAAUUAAUUAAUGCUGGAUAAAUAAAUCAUUUA